CAAGACCUUCCUUUCCCCGACCUCUCCUACACUUGCCGGUGUUUAUUUCAGCUCUUCUUCGCAAUCUCCGCGCGGCCAUCGUUGUAUAAGCUCUUAAACUACGGAUCCAACAAAGUUGUUCUCUUUCCCUUUUACAAUUUCACCUUCCAUAUCUGACUUUCGAUUGUACCAGUUUUUUGGUGUGGUACCGUAGGCAAUUAUCUUUGAGACUUAUUGCAUUUAACCUGUCUGUCAGCCCACGCAUCCUAUUGAUAUAGCCUAAGAUCAUAUCCACACAAACCUUGGCCCUCUAAAUAUUUAGUAGCCUUGUCAACUCAGCCUUUCAGCUUACCCCUACAUAUUUACUUGAUCCAAUUGGUUUUCUAUUCAACUAUGGCCGUUAUGUCGGACCGUACCCAGACCUUUUUUCUUUCUAAUUCAUCUCCAUCUCUUGCGGCGCGGAAGCACUCAGCUCCGAUUGGCCCCUAUCAACCGCCGACAAAUGCUUCAACUCAUGACUGUUCGUACGGUCGAGGCUCCGUUCUUCCCAUGCCACCCAACUACAACGAAGGAUCAUGCUGGACCUUGGCAUCGGUGAGGUGUCUCAGCCCAAACCAUCCUGAAAGUCGACCUCGAGCAAUUUCGGUUGAAGUCAACAAAGUCAGUCUCAGAAUGGAUGGUCGUUGGGCGGAAGAGAAACCCUAUAUUGUUGAGAAAACUUGGGAGGAAUGGAUAGAUUUUAGAGAGCAGCUUCUUUCUCACUAUCCAGAAAUUGAAUCCAUUUUGCCCAAGCUUUCCAAAGGGCAAGGCUUUCUGGAAUCAAUCUUUACCAAUUCUAAACGCAACCAAAAUACUCUGGCCUCAAAUUUGAAAGAGCUGAACAGUUUCCUAAACUGUCUGGUUGAAAAGUGUCCCAAGAAAGUUCUUAAUUCCAGCAUCCUGCACGCUUUUCUUCAAACAGAACAGAUGCUGUUAGGGGCUCAUCAGGUGGAAUACACCGACGAUGAACCGCCCUUGUGCAGAAUACCGCUGUCUGCAGAGGUACCGAGCCGGGAAGAAGGAACUGCUAUUUCUUCUCAUUUGCAAACCUAUCGAUUCCCUGAGCCUGCGCAAUCAAAUCCUCCACACCAGUUACGAACGAGAAGUUCUCAGCCAAACCUCGCUUCACGACAAACGGCACCAGGUCCCGAAGUCGAGAAACCGAUGACGAAUGAGAAACUUUCGCCCCACUCUCGGCGUAGACCCACACUUGAUCCCAUGGCGGUCAUCGCCGAGCGCCCGCCACCACCAGGCUCGAUACCAGACCUACAAAACGGACAAGUUCUGCGCUCGGGCAUCGUAGGCCGCCCUCUAGCAGCGCCAAAUGCUCGACUUGCGAACAAAUCUUGGGCUCCACUGCGGCCUAAAACUGGCUUGGCUCAACCGCCUCCUCUGGCACCUCCUAAACGGCCGAACACUACCGAUUCUAGGCUUCCUCAUGAGCCCUCCUUGAAGCCUACGAUGAGCAAUAGCCUCAGAGCCGUCGGCAAGCCAGUCCGCCCUGCACCCCCGAGAAGGCCCUCUGAAACCCAGCUUGGCUCUCCGCCUGUGGCAGAACCCCUCAAGCUUGCUCGACCACACUUGAGGGAAUUCAAGUCGAUGCAAGAUAUCAGAGGCACAGCCGGUUACAACAAGGUCGUAGGACGGUCUGGAAGGAACGGUCUGGUAGACCCUAUCCGUAACAACAGUGUCCCCAUUGUAGGGGCAUCUCCUCAAAUGGUCUUGCGAGCUCGAUCGACAACCAGCCCAUGGAUCAAACAUCGGCGGAAUCCCUCAGAUUCCAGCUCCAGCUUCGGCUCGUCACAAAUCUCACCAAUCUCCUCUACAUUAAGUUCCCCAACGGUGACACCAUCGACUUCAAAUAACUCUAGCUCUGAAUCAAUACCCAAUCAAAAAAUUCGACCCAAUCUACCCUGUCGUCGUAGUGUCGAUAGUCUGGGCCCAAAUUCGAUGAAACUUCGUGGCUCGACUUCGCUCGACUUGGUCCCCGAGCAAGAAACGCGUACAAUCACUCCCCACCACCACGUGCCACCCGCUCCGUUCUAUUCGAUCCCUCCUCGCCUUGCCAAUUCAUCCACCUCUCCCCUGAGGCCAAGUAAACCCAUUGCAACUUGCCCUCAAUCUCAGAAACGUCCCCACACUUCAGCCGGUAAUGCCAAUGGCCUCAAGCCCAACUCGCUCACCUUAAAAGUAAUCCAUCUGGAAUCCAAAACAAACAUCAUCUUAGCCAUCCAGAAAGGCUUGUUUUCACUCCCACAAAUCCGAUCUAAGAUCCAAAAUAAACUCCGAUUGGCAGCGGAAAUCGAGCUGGAUCCUCAGUGGAAACUCAGGUUGGUGAUCAUCGAUCAGGAAGAGUUUGUCAGACCUCAGAAAAUCAUCGGUGGCAAAUCCUCAUCGAAUGACGAUCUAGUUGACGACGGCUUGUUGUUGUUGGAAUUGAUCAAUGGCAACUUUAAGAAUUCUGAAAUCAAAAAAAUCUCGAUUAGGAUUUGUUAACUUUUCUCCCUCCUGUCCUCAGAAUUUCCCUAUAUUUGAAUGUAGUUAAAUGUACAUUUAGCAGUAAAAAAAAGAUGAAGUAUUGUUGUGGCCGGUAAAAGAAAGUCUUAGUUACUCACUCAUUGUUUUAUUCUCAACCUUAUUCCAAUUUUUUUUUCGCCUCCUUCACUUGAGACUGUUUAAAUCUAAUGUAUUUGUAAUUCUUAUACAUCUAUUUUUAUUUUUAUUGGGUUUAGUAUUACAAGAGAACGUUUUAUCAAAUAGUAAGAAAUAAA